AUGUUUUCCUCUUCUCGUUUUGCAGCGCGGAACAGCUCUGACCUCUCCCAUUCUAAGCCUCACCCCAUGGUCUUGUCAAGAUCACCGCCGUCAUCGGGCGAGGUCGAUACUAAAUCCCAGCCUCGAGAGCCAUAUCCGAUUCCUAGCAACAACCCGGCUAGUCAGUAUACGUUACUGGAGAAGUUGGGAACAGGCAGCUUUGGGACUGUGUACAAAGCUAUCCACAAUGAGACGAAGCAGAUAGUAGCCAUUAAGCAAAUAGACCUUGAGGAUUCCGAUGAUGAUAUCUGUGAAAUACAGCAGGAGAUUGCUAGUCUCGCUCAGUGCGAUUCAGAAUAUGUGACGCGCUAUUACGGGUCUUUCGUCGUCGCUUACAAGCUCUGGAUCAUAAUGGAAUAUCUCGCUGGGGGCUCAUGCUUGGAUUUAUUGAAACCCGGUCCUUUUUCAGAGGCCCAUAUCGCGGUCAUUUGUCGGGAGCUUUUACUCGGUCUCGACUACCUUCAUGCCGAGGGUACUAUUCAUCGAGACAUUAAAGCCGCCAAUAUUCUCCUCUCAUCCUCCGGCAAAGUCAAGCUUGCUGACUUUGGUGUCGCUGCUCAGCUCACGAAUACACUUCGACAUACAUUUGUUGGUACUCCAUUUUGGAUGGCCCCGGAGGUCAUCCGGCAGGCAGGGUAUGACGCCAAAGCUGACAUGUGGAGUCUGGGUAUUACAGCCAUUGAGAUGGCAAAGGGCGAACCGCCCCUUGCAGAGUAUCAUCCUAUGAGAGUUCUGUUCCUCAUUCCCAAAGCCAAACCUCCCGUUCUCGAGGGCGCCUUUUCUGCAACCUUCAAAGAUUUCGUCACUCAAUGUUUGACGAAAGAUCCCAAAGCUCGUCCCAUGGCCAACGAACUGCUGCAACACCGAUUCAUUCGCGGUGCACGGAAAACAUCAUACCUCACCGAGCUCAUUGAGCGUCUCCAAGAUUUCCGUGCACGCUCACCUGUCAAAGGAGGAGCUCACCAAAUCUACCAGCCUACGGUGCGAAACGGUCAUGCCUGGGACACGACAGGUACAAUGCGGAGUGACUGGAACUUCGAUACGCUACGCUCUUCAGCUAUGGGAACGUUCAGGGGCAUGGCAAAGGACCUCGUGUCGUCAUCGUUAUCUCCUGACAUCGACGAAGAACCUGAAGAGUUGGACGCAGAUGAAGGCCAUUCAUCCGUCGACACCGUAGGUGCUACAAAGGGAAGCGGAGAUCCUAUCGUGGAAGGCGGGCUGGGAAUGAACACACAGGCAGGCCAUUCGACCGUGAUCAUCAAGCCUCUCCACAUUCCUGAUUCUGGGAAAGACGUUGCCACCUUGUUGGCGGAACAGAAUGCGUCGGACACUCCACCUCCCCAGGUUGACGAAAGUGCAACCCCGCUUGGUGCACCACCUGCUUAUAGUGGGUCCAUGCGGGGGUCUCGACGAUCAUCGUAUGCUGCACGUCAUGCUGGUGGCGUAGGUACUAUAAUGAAGGAGGCUGAUUUAGGUAACGGCAUCGAUACCAUCCGACCCAUUAAGAAAUUGGACACGGCGGGAUCCUUGCGAUUGUCAGCGGAGUACGUCGGGAACAUGCGUCGGGAGGGCUGCACAUCUGCACCAACGACGCCCACGCAUAAGCGCAACGCCAGCGAAACGGCUAAGGCAGGAAAAUCUGUGAUCGAUGAUGUGGUUCUACCCAUCCUUCAGAAGGCCAUCGGGGAUGACAUGGAUGCAAGGGAAAUUGAAUCGCUGAGCAUGUUAUCUCGGGGGUUCAGCGAGCUCAAGGAGGCUAAUCCUGAACUGGCGUACAACGUUAUACUUGAUAUUCUAUCGGGCAUCAAUGAGAAUCCUGCAGUAUGGCAACACGUCCAAAACUCUCGUGCAUUGUUCCCACACAAGCGGGUUAUCCGUAGAAGCGAAAUGACAGCCAAAGGUCUGGUCGUUACAGAGGUCCAGGAAGACAUUUCUCCGGGUUCAGCAGAACCAGCACCUUCCGUCAAGUCAGAAGAUUCUUCGACACGUAAAUCACCCAUCGCGGAGUUGCUUUACAUGCGGUGGUUAGAAGGUCUGAAAUUUAAAUGGCCUAGUCUCACGUAGUCUUCCCUUGCGGUGCGUCUUUUCAUAGGUCCACUGAUGAUGUAACGCUUUCCGUGUUCUGUUCUCCUUGGCACGUUCAUUCACUCACUACACGCGCAAUUUAAUGGUAUUUAUAUGUCCGGUCUCCUAACUGUAGCUUAUCAUCUGUUUCCUGGUUUCGUUGCCUGUCUGCUUUCCUCUCCAGACAUGCACUAGACAUUUCUUUUGAGCAUUUAUUAUGGCCUUACGACUGUUACGCACUAGUACUAACGACAAA